UUACAAAAUUACGCUCUGACCUUCUUUUAGCUGAUUGGAUCAGACUGAGAAAGAGGCCCGGCUCUGGUUGGCCAAUCUUCCUUUCAUUUCAACGCCCGCUUUUGCCUCGGAGCGAGCCCUAGUGGUUUCAGACAGGUGUGAUGGACGUUAUAACGUUGAUACUGUUUCUGGUUGUCUUGGCUAUUUCAGCGCAUCUUUUAUUUGGGGGAAAUUAUCCAAAUGCUCCACCAUGCAUAAAAGGAUGGAUCCCCUGGUUUGGUGUGGCAUUCGAGUUUGGGAAAUCUCCGCUGACUUUCAUAUCUCAAGCCAGAGAUAAGUAUGGACCUGUCUUCACUGUUGUUGCGGCUGGCAAGCGAUUGACCUUUGUGACCCUUCAUGAAGACUUUCGCACAUUUUUCAUGUCCAAAGAUGUGGAUUUUGAGCAGGCAGUCCAAGAGCCUGUCAAUAACACAGCUUCCAUCAGCAAGGAGAGUUUCUAUAAGUUCCACCCAGCAUGCAACACUCUGAUCAAGGGCCGUCUGACCCCAGGCAAUGUGGCUCAGCUGACUGACCACUUGUGUGAAGAGUUCAACGACCACCUGGAGACGCUGGGGGACCAGGGCUCUCGAGGACUCAAUGAGCUGGUCAGGGCCGUAAUGUACCCUGCUGUGAUGAGUAACCUACUGGGGAAGUAUAACUCUCCAGGAAGUCCCUUUACCAUGGAGCAGUUCAAGGAGAAGUUUGCCAUCUACGACGAGGGCUUUGAGUAUGGCUCCCAGCUACCAGACAUGUUCCUCAGGGAAUGGGCCAGUUCCAAAUGCUGGCUUCUGUCUCUAUUGGGGAACAUGGUGGUCAAAGCAGAGGAUGAUGAGACAUCCAGUGAAUCAGGCAACAGGACGUUACUGCAACACCUUGUCACCUUAAUCACAGAUAAAUUCCUGCCCAACUAUGGAUUACUGAUGUUAUGGGCAUCGCUUGCCAAUGCAAUUCCAAUUACCUUCUGGGCUGUAGCCUUCAUCUUGUCCAAUCCCACAGUUUACCAGACAGCCAUGGAGCAGAUCAAUGCAGCACUCAAAGACCAAGACACCAGGAAGACCAAGGUGACCGCUGAAGAGCUGCAACAGAUGCCCUAUGUGAAGUGGUGCAUCCUGGAAGCCAUCCGGCUUCGGGCCCCUGGAGCCAUCACACGCAGGGUGGUCCGACCCCUCAUGAUACAGAACUACAUCAUUCCACCAGGGGACUUGUUAAUGGUGUCUCCUUACUGGGCCCAUCGGAACCCACAUUACUUCCCUGAACCAGAAGAGUUCAAACCGGAACGAUGGGAUAAGGCAGAUUUAGUAAAGAAUGUCUUCUUGGAAGGGUUUGUGGCAUUUGGAGGAGGCCGAAACCAGUGCCCAGGAAGGUGGUAUGCCCUAAUGGAACUCCAGAUGUUUGCUGCCUUGAUUCUCUUCAAGUAUGAUGUCAAUCUCAUGGACCCGUUGCCUAAACCUAGCAAUCUCCAUCUGGUAGGGACCCAGCAGCCUGAGACUCCCUGCACAGUGCAGUACAGACACCGAUAGAGUUGACCUGCCCUGCCCAGCAAUGCCACACAAGGGCACUGUGCUCUACAAUCCUGCCCAAACACCUGCCAAAUAGUUUUUUUUAUCAAUGGAGCUAACUUAAAAGUUAUAUUUUAAAGAACUUAUCUAGAACUUAUAUAAUGAUACUACAUCUGAAAAUGCAGGAGAUGGUGGAACCGUCUUCAAAUGAUUUGGUCUUUCCCUUUUGAUUAUUUUCACCCCACCAAGAGUGUUUCUAACCGUACGUUCCCUUCCUGCCCAGUCCAACACCUGAUUAUGGAUUUGUACAGACAUUGAUCAGUAUUUUGUGAUGUAAUAGAAUAUAAUCCGAUAGAUUCUGACCCAUACAGAAAAUAUUCACUGCACGUGGCAUCAGUAUGAGACCUGUAUUGUAUUUAUGACCUGUAUUGUAUUUAUGCACUGUUAUUACUAUGUACUUAUAUACGGCAUCAUACCUCACUUCAUGAAUACAGUCUGCGGUUGCUUUGCUUCAAUAUAGGCCUACUAGAUCUGGGUUGUCUUAAUAAAGGGUGAAAUCAAAAUAAAGGCAGUGAUAUUUUUACACCCUAUAAU